CUUUAUCUCUGCUGUCUUGUGCCAGUGCAAAUCUGUGCUGUUCGUGUGCUCUACCUUAGUUUUUCUUUUAAGAAAAGCAGUUCUCACCACUACUCCUUGCUUUUACUUUCAAAACAUGCUUUGAAGCCAAACACUUUUGGGGUGUCUGUAUACCGGCAGCAUAUUUAGAGCCUUUUUUUGUUGUUAUUUGAGGCACUGCUCCCAUUUUCUGCCCUGUCUUCCCCAUCUUUGCAGAGAUCAGUGUUACCUGCAUUUAUCCAACCAUGCUACCCAUUAUCUUGGGGGCUUUUUUUGUCUCCUUUUGUAGAGAAUGCUCACAUCUCAUCCCCCACUCGCAGGCUUAUUUUUCCUGUUGCUGUUUUCCUUCUGUCUGUCCUCCACCUUGGAAGGUUUCCAGGCAGGCUGUCCAGCCCAGCUCUGCAGAUCCCACCGUGUGCGCUCCCUGGCCAAGCCCUGGGGAAGCACAGGGGAGAAGCUGGAUGCAGGCAGCCUGCAAAUGCUGCCUUGUUUAUGAGAGCUGCUUGUUGGUGCAGACUGCAGUCUGGGGGGAGCUGGGAAAGUUUGUCUGGCAUGAAGCACUAAAGCUGACAAAAGAUUGUAGGGCUUGGGCUGGAAUCGAUAAAACGCGGGGUGUUGGGAAGGGAAGGUCAGAGCCCUUCCUUAGUUCACCCUGUUCUUUAAAUAUCCCAGCAGUUACUGAUGGCUGCAGUGGACACGGGGAAAAACAGCACAGGCUCGAUCCUCAGAGGGGCUUGCUUCUGUUUAUUUGGAUGCAGAUCUGGCUCCCCUGUUCCGUAAGGCGUUCGGUUUUGGGGACCCUUUCUCUGCAGCCUGGUCUCGUGGCAGGAGGUUGGAACAGGAUGAGCUUUAGGGUCCCUUCCAACUCAAACCAUCCUGGCAUUCUGAGAUGCUGUGAAAUCCCUCGUGUAGAGGCGUUGCAAAAUGGUAGCAACCUACAUCUGCUUGUCUGGGAGAUAUCCCAGCGCCCGGUGCUGCGGCUCUUGAACUCCUCUGCCUUAAUGGGUCAAAUUUAGCAAUUCAAAAUCUGGCUUCUGAGGUAAUUAGGAGGGAUAAUGCCCACUUCUUCCUCUUAACACCCUGAUAGAAAAGCAUCCAGGAAGGACUCCUGGACCUCAAAGAUAAGCUGCCAGCUGCCACAGAGACUAUCAAAGGGUGGCUCAAAGUCAAGAGCAAACAGCUGAUUUUUUAUGGUUCUUGGGUUUUUGCUGGUGGUGACAGGAAGCCAUGUUCCCCAAGCUGUUAGCUUCCUGUUUUAUUUUUACACCCAGCCCGAGCAGAUCCGCAUGCCUAUCACAUGGGAGCUGCCUGCUUCUCUUGGGUUGUUCCUCAGCUGACCUAGAAAAGUGAUUCUUUCCCCUUCUAAAUUAAUCACGAACUUGGGAUGUAUUUGCUUUCACUUAGUCCUAAAGAUUUCAGGCAUGUAUGAUGCUCCUUCUAGUGAGCUGGUCACACAGGUUUCCUUCUCCCUCCUGCAGCUGGAUGAUCUGGGAGGGAGCUGUUUGAGGCUUAAAUGUUUGGGCCUCUUAGCAAAGGAGAUUUUUGUUAGUUCAAGACACUGACCUGCGCAUGAAAGCUUCCAAAACAUAACUUCCAGACACUUAGUUUUUUCUCCAGGUUUUUUAUUUUACUAGUUUUGUUAAGAACUGGAAGUUUGUCCUGCCUGUUGUACAAUCAAUCCUGACUUGCCUCUGAGCACACUCCAGCCCUGCAUCCUGAUUAGAGCUCCCUCAACCUUAAACUGCUGUAGCAGGAAAACAAUGGUCCAGUGUAAACCUCAUCCCCGGGGGAUUUCCCAAGGGAAGAGGGGUGCAGCCUGCAGGAUAAGGAACAGUCACCAGAAAGUUUCCUGGUCAGCUGCAAGCGCUUCCUGUUGUUCCAGGAGAGAGCCCCGUGUGCUGCUCCGGGAGGGAGGCACCACGUGUGCUUUGGCGUGCUGGGAGAAGCCUGUUUUGUUCUUCCUUUUUUUGUGUAAUAACAUCUCCUGUCUCCAUCUCCACGGUUUAAGCAAGUAUUGAUUGCAAGUGGGGAAUGUUUCUGCAGAGGAGCUGGAGGAGGCGUGCCGGUGCUGCGUGAGCGCGGGAGGCUGGAGCCCUGGCCGGCUGCGAAGGGAGCAGCGGCUGCGGCAGCGCUGGCGCGUGGGCCAAGAACAGUGCCUGAAGCAGGUCCACCAUGCCGUUAGUAACGAGGAACAUUGAGCCAAGGCACCUGUGCCGUCAGACGUUGCCUAGCGUUCCGAGCGAGCUGGAAUGCGUGACCAACAUCACCCUGGCAAAUGUCAUUCGACAGCUGGGCAGCCUGAGUAAAUCUGCAGAAGACAUAUUUGGAGAGUUGUUUACUCAAGCCAACACCUUUGCCUCUCGGGUGAGCAUUCUGGUCGAGAGAGUUGACCGCUUGCAAGUCAAAGUCACUCAGCUGGAUCCCAAGGAGGAGGAAGUCUCCUUGCAAGGCAUUAACAGCAGGAAGGCCUUCAAAAGCUCCACCACUCAGGACCAGAAGCUCUUUGACAGAGAUUCUCUCCCUGUGCCUGUCCUCGAAACCUACAGGACCUGCAACACCCCUCCACCUCUCAACAUCCUCUCACCUUACAGGGAUGAUGGAAAAGAGGCGCUUAAAUUCUACACAGAUCCUUCAUAUUUCUUCGACCUUUGGAAGGAGAAAAUGCUUCAGGACACCAAGGAUAUCAUGAAGGAAAAGCGGAAACAUAGGAAAGAGAAAAAGGAGAAUCCGAACCGAGGAAACGUGAAUCCACGGAAAAUCAAAACCCGGAAAGAGGAGUGGGAGAAGCUGAAAAUGGGACAGGAGUUUGUGGAGUCAAAGGACAAGCAUGGUCCUGCUGGGUACCCCUCCAACAUGGUGUACCAGAACGGCAGCAUCGGCUCCAGCGAGAGCAUGGAUGGGAGCUGCUACCCGCCACCGCCGCAGACUGACUCCAUUGUGCCACCACCUCCCUCGUUCCCAGAUGACAGCCUGCCUCCGCCCCCGCUGGAAUUUAGCUAUCCUGUAGACAACCAAAGAGGUUCUGGUUCCGGAGGGCCCAAGCGCCCCAAGUCAUCCCUGCCCGCGGUGAGCGAUGCCAGGAGCGACCUGCUGUCGGCUAUUCGGCAAGGCUUCCAGCUGCGCAAGGUGGAGGAGCAGCGGGAGCAGGAGAAGCGGGACGUGGUGGGCAACGACGUGGCCACCAUCCUGUCGCGCCGCAUCGCCGUGGAGUACAGCGACUCCGAGGACGACUCCUCCGAGUUCGACGAGGACGAGUGGUCGGAUUAGCCGCGCUCCCGCCCCUCCUUCCCUGCGCCCCUGGGCUCGCUUCUUCCCGGAUCAGGUGGCCAAACCUCGCACCACAGCCCGCCCAUCCCGUAACCAAAGAUGUGCCGAGGGUUUUCAGACAACCAGCAGCAUGUCUCCCCUGUCCCUCCCCUGCAGCCCUGGCAGGAUCCGCGCUCUGCUUUCCAAAAGUCUCCUCACGGACACCGAGGAUGCGGCGCUGGGAUUUAGCUGGAGGGGGUGUAACGGUUGCUUAUUUAAAAGAGAGCUCAACCUACAGAUUUUUGAUGCCACCAGGCAGAGCACAUAUAAACCCUCCAUCCUGAGGGAUUUUUAAAGUAAAGAUGGAUGAUCCUGUUGUGGCCAUGUGGCCUUUUGGAUGAAGGACAUUUUCAGCUGGUUUUCUCAGUGCAACAGCAGACAGUUGAUCUGAUGGCUCUUCCUUGCCAGUGAAUACUGGUAGUGCUGCAAGAAAAUGGGCUUUAAAUGUCAGUUCUCUGCUGCAUCCCACUGUCACAUAAUCAGGUUUUUGGCAAUAGUGCACAAUUCUUUCCCCCCUGACCCCUGAGUAUUAAUUCCAGAUCACCCUGCGUGGGGUGCAUUUCCCAGCUCCGAGGGUGCUGAGUGCCUUGGGUGCAGUGUAAGGAGAGACUUUUUUUAUUUUAGAAGCUGCCUUUACCUUCCUCAAAUCUCCUGGGCUGCUUUGCCAAGAGGAGACUUGCACAGAGGGAUGUAAAACCAGGGCAGGAUGCUCGUUCAGCUUCCCACUCUUGGGAAAGCAGAGCCACUGCCCCACUGAGACACAUCUGUGGUCAGCUCUGAGCGCUGGCCAGACCUCGCCGGGCCGAUUUUCUCCAAUUCAUGCUGAGAUUGUGUUUUAAAAUUCCAAAUCCAGUGCCUAGGACAGGGAGCUGGGCUGGGGUUCUCUGAGCACCAGGCACUGUGGUGGUCCUUGGCCUGCCAGGGCAGUUUGAGAGGUGCUUUUUUAGCGGGGUGACCGUACUUUUAACACAGGGACUUCAAUGCUGGUAUUGCCUUUGCUUCUCCUCCCUUCCCCCCAGGGAGGGGAGUUUGUGUGCCUAAAAACAUCAUUGUGUGUGUGAACUGAGUUGCCUAUCAGUUACAUCAGACCUAACCUACCCUAAUUUUGUUAUUAUAAUUCAUUAGUUAAUUUUAAGAGAACAUUUUUUUCUCCUCA